UCCUCUUGCCAGGACCUUCCCGGCUUCCGUACCAGGCCUGGGCGGGCCUCGCGAAAGCUGCGUGUCUGGCCUGUUUGCAGAGGCCCUACCUUCAGGGGCAGAAAGAGGAGAGCCGGGACCCCCAGGGGAGACGGGACCGGGGAAGGGCCAGGCAGCCCCGGACAGAUCCAAAGAGGGAAAAUAGCCUCCCUGGCCUGGUCUGAAUGCCGUGAUCCAUCAAGAACUAAGAUGGCAAGUGAAGGAGACCACGAGAGUGAAGGUGUGACAUCUUCACCCCAAGGAGGGCUUGGAGAAGGCCUGGCCCAGGCUCUUGCUCUGGAGGCUUCACUUCCCAGACUCGCCUGCAUAGACCUGGACAAGGAUCUGGAGUGCAGAAAUGAGCUAAUUGAUGACAAGGAGUUUGAUAUUCCUCAGGUAGACACCCCACCCACCCUGGAGAGCAUCCUUAAUGAGACCGAUGAUGAAGACGAGUCUUUUGUUCUCGAGGACCCCACUCUGUUAAACAUCGACACCAUCGACACCCACUCCUAUGACACGUCAUCUGUGGCAAGCUCAGACAGUGGGGAUCGAACCAAUCUGAAAAGGAAGAAGAAACUUCUUGACUCUUUCUCACUCCAUGGCUCAGUCAUGAGACAUUCGCUUCUGAAGGGGAUCUCUGCCCAGAUUGUCUCAGCAGCUGAUAAAGUCGAUGCUGGCUUGCCCACUGCAAUAGCUGUAUCCAGUUUGAUCGCAGUGGGGACAUCCCAUGGAUUGGCCUUAAUCUUUGAUCAGAAUCAGGCCCUCCGCCUCUGCCUGGGCAACACCAGCGUCGGAGGCCAGUACGGGGCCAUCUCUGCUCUCAGCAUCAACCACGACUGCUCCAGGCUUCUCUGCGGCUUUGCCAAAGGGCAGAUGACCAUGUGGGACUUGGCCAGCGGGAAGCUCUUGCGAUCAAUUACAGAUGCCCACCCCCCCGGCACGGCGAUCCUGCACAUCAAGUUUACAGAUGACCCAACUCUUGCCAUUUGCAACGACAGCGGCGGUUCUGUGUUUGAGCUGACAUUUAAGCGAGUGAUGGGAGUGAGAACCUGUGAAUCCCGGUGUCUGUUCAGUGGGUCCAAGGGGGAAGUUUGCUGUAUUGAGCCCCUGCAUUCCAAGGCUGAGCUGAAGGAUCACCCCAUCACCCAGUUUUCCUUGCUGGCCAUGGCGUCUUUGACUAAAAUAUUGGUCAUUGGACUGAAGCCAUCUUUAAAAGUGUGGAUGACUUUUCCCUACGGACGGAUGGAUCCCUCCAGCGUCCCACUGCUGGCCUGGCAUUUUGUGGCAGCCAACAAUUACGUGAACCCCACACUGGCCUUUUGCAGAGGAGAUGUCGUUCACUUUCUGCUGGUUAAAAGAGACGAAUCAGGAGCCAUACAUGUCACGAAACAAAAGCAUCUGCACCUGUACUAUGACCUCAUCAACUUCACCUGGAUCAAUUCCCGGACAAUCGUGCUGCUGGACAGUGUGGAGAAGCUACACGUGAUCGAUCGGCUGACGCAGGAAGAGCUUGAGACUGUGGAAAUUUCCGAGGUGCAGCUGGUCUACAAUAGCAGCCACUUCAAGUCCCUGGCCACAGGGGGCAAUGUCAGCCAGGCCCUGGCUCUGGUUGGAGAGAAAGCCUGUUAUCAGUCCAUCAGCAGUUAUGGCGGUCAGAUCUUUUAUUUAGGGACAAAGUCUGUUUAUGUGAUGACUCUGAGGAACUGGAGAGAGAGAGUGGAUCACCUCCUGAAACAAGAGUGUCUGACUGAGGCCCUGUCCCUAGCAUGGUCUUUCCAUGAAGGAAAAGCCAAAGCCGUCGUGGGCUUGUCAGGGGAUGCCAGUAAGCGGAAGGCUGUUGUCGCUGAUCGGAUGGUUGAAAUACUCUUCCACUGUGCAGACCGGGCUCUGAAAAAAUGCCCAGACCAGGGUAAAAUCCAGGUGAUGGAGCAGCAUUUUCAGGACACGGUGCCCGUCAUCGUGGAUUAUUGCCUUCGGCUGGAGCGCAGGGAUCUUCUGUUUAGCCAGAUGUACGACAGGUUCAGUGAGAACUCGGUGGCCAAGGGGGUCUUCUUGGAGUGCCUCGAGCCUUACAUUUUAAGUGACCAGCUGGUGGGGAUCACAGCCCAGGUGAUGAAAGACCUGCUCGUUCACUUCCAAGAUAAAAAGUUGAUGGAAAACGUAGAGACCCUCAUUGUGCACAUGGAUAUCACCAGCCUGGACAUACAGCAGGUUGUUCUCAUGUGCUGGGAAAAUCGCCUCUACGAUGCCAUGAUCUACGUCUACAACAGGGGCAUGAAUGAAUUCAUCAGUCCCAUGGAGAAACUUUUCAAGGUCAUUGCCCCUCCUCUAAGUGCCGGGAAGUCUCUGACAGAUGAGCAGGUUAUUAUGGGCAACAAGCUUCUUGUCUACAUAAGUUGUUGCCUGGCAGGUCGUGCCUAUCCCCUGGGGGACAUCCCUGAAGACUUGGUGCCUUUGGUUAAAAACCAGGUCUUUGAAUUCCUGAUCCGUCUGCAUUCAGCGGAGGCCUCCUCCGAGGAAGAGAUCUACCCCUAUAUCUGCACCUUGCUUCACUUUGACACCAGGGAGUUCCUGAACGUCCUCGCCCUGACUUUUGAAGAUUUUAAAAAUGACAAGCAGGCUCUGGAAUACCAGCAGCGAAUCGUGGACAUCUUGCUAAAGGUCAUGGUGGAAAAUUCCGAUUUUACUCCUUCACAAGUUGGAUGUCUCUUCACCUUCCUCGCCCGCCAGCUCGCCAAGCCUGACAAUACACUGUUUGUGAACAGGACGCUUUUUGACCAGGUUCUCGAAUUCCUCUGCAGCCCCGAUGACGACUCCCGACACUCUGAGAGGCAACAGGUACUCCUAGAACUGCUCCAGGCUGGAGGAAUUGUGCAGUUUGAGGAGAGCCGACUCAUCCGGAUGGCCGAGAGAGCUGAGUUCUACCAAAUUUGUGAAUUUAUGUAUGAAAGAGAGCACCAGUAUGACAAGAUUAUCGACUGCUAUUUACGGGACCCCCUGAGAAAGGAAGACGUGUUUAACUACAUUCAUAACAUCUUAUCCAUUCCUGGGCACAGCCCAGAGGAGAAGCAGUCCGUGUGGCAGAAAGCCAUGGAACAUAUUGAGGCACUGGUGUCUCUGAACCCCUGCAAAGCAGCGGAGCUGGUGGCCACCCACUUCUCUGGGCAAGUUGAGGCAGUUAUUCAAAAACUCCAGAGCCCACUCCUGCUUUUCCAGUUUCUGAGGAGCCUUCUUGACCCAAGGGAAGGUGUUUCCAUGACCCAAGAGUCGCCACAGGUAGCCCCCUGCAUCACAGAGCAGUUCAUCGAAUUGUUGUGCCAAUACAGCCCUCACGAGGUGAUUGACACCUUGCAAGUCCUCGAGUCCUACCGCCUGGAAGAGACCAUUCAGAUUACCCAGAAGUAUCAGCUUCUCGAAGUGUGUGCCUACCUCCUGGAAAAGAAAGGCGAUGUCCAUGGGGCUUUCUUAAUAAUGCUUCAGAGACUACAAAGCAAGCUCCAGGAGUUUACAAAAGAAAGCGAAGAUGCAAAAGAAGAGCCCUCAUUAAAGGAUGUGGAAGUGAUCUUAGUGGAGACAAUCGCCCUCUGCCAGAGGAAUUCGCAUAGUCUAAACCAGCAACAGCGAGAGGCUCUCUGGUUCCCGCUGUUGGAGGCAAUGAUGGCCCCGCAGAAGCUGUCCGGUUCGUCGGCUCCACACCGACAUGCAGAAUCUCUCAAGUCUCUGACCAUGCAGGUGCUGAACAGCAUGGCGGCCUUCAUCGCCCUCCCGUCCAUCUUGCAGCGAAUCCUACAAGAUCCCGUUUAUGGAAGAGGACAACUUGGGGAGAUCCAGGGGCUCAUCCUAGGAAUGCUGGAUACCUUCAGCUAUGAGCAGACGCUCCUGGAAACAACGACGAGCCUCCUAAACCACGACCUGCACUGGUCCCUCUGUAACCUGAGAGCGUCGGUCACCAGGGGCUUGAACCCCAAGCAGGACUACUGCUGCAUCUGCCUGCAGCAGUACAAGAGACGCCAGGAGGUGGCUGAUGACAUCAUCGUCUUCAGCUGCGGCCACCUGUAUCACUCCUUGUGCCUGCUCAACAAAGAGUGCUCCGUGGGGACGGGGCGCCAGGCCCGCUGGACGUGCUACAGGUGCAAUUCCAGCCACAAGGCCGGGAAGCUCAGCGAAAACGCCUCUGAGAGGAGGAAAGGACAGCUCAGCCAGGCCCAGAUGAAAACAUCUCCCUCUUGUCCUUCACCCCGAGGAGAUUCUGCUAAGAAGACCCCGUCCGAGCCCGGCCUGGACCCCCAGCAAAUGCAAGCCUUUGACCACCUCUGCCGCCUCUACCGGGGAACCUCCAGGCUGGCGCUCCUCACGGAGCUCUCUCAGACGCAGAGCGGCGACAGCCACCGGCUCCUGGGCCUCUCCCAGAGCAGCCCCGCCCUGGACAGCGUCUUCCAGAACGAGAACUUCCAGCUGCACCUGAACCCCCCUCCCCUGACCGCCGAGGACUGACCCCUUCCUGGCCCGGGAGGAGGCCCCCCUGAGGAGCCCACGGCCUCCGCGGAGACUGCGGGGCCGUCUGUCCCCGCCGGCUUCUCCCUCUCUGCAUUCUUGGGGGCCUCUGCCCAGAGGGGCCCCGGGGAGGCCCCCAAGUCCCCAGGAAGGUCUCCUGCCCUGCGGCCAGGGUGGAGCAUGUGGGUGUCCCCAGGGCUGCUCCGACCCGCAUGGGGGGCACAGCUGGGUCCAAGAGGGCCGAGAGUAAUGAGGGGAGCGGCUGGUGCAGCCCCACAAGGCGAGGGCCCCCCGUGAGUCUGCCCUGCUUUGACCCAGUCACAAUAAAGGCCCCUUGAAUUCUCUGCA